AUGGAUCCUGCCUACUUCCGUUUCCUGAAUGUGACAGUACCUCGUUAUAUGUUAUCUGGUGCGCUUAUACUGGUCAAUUUUUUCCAUGAAAUUCAGCAAGAUACUCCAGUAGUCAACGGACUGGGGAGUAACGAGCGUCUAUACCAGAACUCGCUUGAAUUCUACACUAUAGGCCUGUCCGGGCAGGUUGAAGUUACGGUGUUCGUCCGGCGAAAUCCAGCGAAGCCAAGUCAGGUGUGUCCAUAUCUCAGACAGCCUGUGAUUUGCCAGGUGUUUCAGACUAUUCGACUGGCCAGACUCUUGCGGAUGUGUACACCUGGUCCACAGUUUAUCCUCAUCGAAGUUGCUUGUCGUGGCACACCAGUACCCGAUCCAUGGAUAAGCACACAAAGUGUUUCGGGGCGAGACUUCGAUGAAGACUUCAGCCCCACUAUCAAAUUCUGCUUGAAGGACAAAUUGCCACGUUCUACCACCAGCUUUAGUGUGUGCCCAUUUGUAUGCUCGUGCCGAGCAUUAUACGUUGGUCGUACGAAAAGGCAUUUAUCGCACGGAAUGGGAGAACACAAUCCCGUAUCUCUGAGUGGUAGGGGGAAGAAACCAGGCCCAAGCCCGAUUGCAUCACACUUGGCCGAAACCACUCAUGUCACAGAAAAGGAGCAAGCCUUCCAAUCCCGUAUAUAA